UCCGAUAUCUGAAAAGUGCUCUUUAACGAUUUAGUUUAUUAAAAAAUCAACCUGUGUCUGAGCCCUAGCUUCGGGUCUCAAGGGCCUAGCUUCGGGUUCUCAAAGCCAAACCUCUUUUCAAAUCCAGUGGCUUAGUGGCCGUCCCAACAGAAGAAUGCACCCCGCCGCCGACGAUGUCGCCGUCGCAGCCGUGUUGUGGAAACCCAGAAUUUCCUGAAUCCGAUGGAGAAGCCACCGAAGCCUCUAUCUCCCUUCGAAUGGGAAGCCUUGAUUGACGAUUUCCAGUAUGGAGGCUCGCGCCGAGAGAAAUGGACCGCUCAGUACUCGGGCCUCUCUCUCCUUGACCUCGCCCUUUCCUCUCUUCUCCGGCGGGACUUCCCUCUCAAGCUCCACCUCAUUGUCUUCCUGGAGGAGUAUUCCGAUGUGUUGUUCAAAGAUUUGGAAGCCCCCGUCGUACUCGGUCGGCUAUUCGAAACCUUCGGUUUCAUAAUCCAAUCCCCUAUCGAUGGAUUUUCCGUGACCUACGCUCUCAAAGAGCAACUGAUGGUUUCCUCAACUUCGAUUCUGAUCUCCAUUGACGGAUGCAAGAAGGAUCACGUUCCGCACCUCGAGAGCUUCACUCAGUUGUUUUUGACGAUCAUAAAUCGUCCCAAUCAUGGGUUGGACCGAAACACGAGGGCCGUAGCCUGCGAGUGCUUGCGGGAAUUGGAGAUGGCGCACCCUGGUUUGCUCGCCGAUGUCGCGGGGCACUUGUGGAGCUUGUGUCAGAGCGAGCGAACUCACGCGUCGCAGAGUUACUUACUUUUGCUAGCUUCUGUGAUACAUAACGUUGUGACCUUGAAGAUGAAUGUGUCGAUAUUUAGUACAGCGAUACCUUUGAUUCCGUUUAACGUUCCCCACUUCUUUGAAAAUGGGGGAGGGUGGACUAGGGAGGUGGCCGCGUUGAGUGUGAACUACAAGGAGCUCAGGAGGGUAAUGGCGUUCUUGCUCGAGUGGCCGCAGGUGUUUACGCCCUGUGGGAUGAUGGAGUUUAUGUCGAUAAUAAUGCCAGUGGCAGUGGUGCUGGAGUUGCAGGCGUCGUUGUUGAAGGUGCAGUUCUCUGGCUUGCUUUACUCCAAUGAUCCUGUGCUAUGUCAUGUUGUUCUGAGGAUGUAUUCGCGUUUCUUAGAUGCUUCUGAUGGGCGAGAGGGCGAGAUUGCUCACCGACUAAUGCUAAUCUCGAGAGAAGCUCAGCACCAGUUAGUUUUUCGUUUGCUUGCCCUGAAUUGGUUGCUGGGUUUCAUUACCUUGAUAUCAAACAGAGAAGUGGGAAAGAAGAAGUCAAUUCUUGAAAUGGGAUUGAAUUUCCACCCUACUCUCUUUGACCCACUAGCGCUGAAAGCAUUGAAGCUCGACUUGCUUGCCUUAAUCUGUCUUGAUAUCUCAAAGUUUGAUAAUUUGAGAGGUUUAUCGAGUGGGGAACUGGGCUUAAAAAUAUCUGUGGCGAAGCUAUUUGAAGAUGGUCUGGUGUCUGUAUCGGCAUUCAAGUGGUUGCCUCCCUGGAGCACAGAAACUGCUGUGGCUUUCCGCACUUUCCACAAGUUCCUGAUAGGUGCGUCUUCUCAUUAUGACAGCAACUCUUCCGCCACUAAAAUUCUCAUGGAGUCCACUGUGUUCCAUAUGUUACAGACGAUGCUAGUGGACAUGACAUUGGAAUUUCAGAGAUUAGUUCCUGUUGUCAUUGCUUUUAUUGACCGUUUGCUGGGCUGUCAGAAGCACUCUUGGUUGGGAGAACGCCUGCUUCAGAUUUUUGAUGAGCAUUUGCUGCCAAAAGUAAUCAUUGACUACAGAUUGGCUUCUUACUUCCCUAUAUUUGAUAGGAUUGCUCAGAACAAUACCAUACCUCCUCGUGGAUUGUUAGAGCUGCUAACAAAUUUCAUGGCUUUCCUUGUUCAUAAUCAUGGGCCAGAUACGGGAUUGAAUUCUUGGUCUCAGGGAAGUAAGGUUCUUAGUAUCUGUCGAACAAUGCUGAUGCAUCACCAUAGCUCUAGAUUGUUCAUGAGGCUAUCUCGUCUCCUUUCAUUUACUUGCCUUUAUUUCCCAGAUUUGGAGGUUCGUGAUAAUGCAAGGAUCUACCUGCGCAUGCUGAUCUGUAUACCAGGAAGGAAGCUCAGAUACAUACUGAACCUUGAGGAGCACCUUCCUGGUAUGUCAUCAUCUGCACAGUCCAGUUCAUUCUUCAGUGCUCAGUCUCAACCUUCUGGCAAUUUUAAGAAAUCUAGAAAUAUAUCAUCCUACAUCUUCAUUGAGCGGGUGAUACCAUUGCUUGUGAAACAAUCUUGGUCUCUCUCUUUACCGUUGGGCAGUGGGAGUGACACAUCUGCAUAUCUAGAUGGUAUUAGGGACAAUGAGCCCUUAUCUGAUGAAGGGGAGAACCCCAAUAGUACUGGAACCGAGAUUAUUGCAGAGACCGAAAGAAUUGAUACCAAGAUUAUAGCGGAGACUAAAAGAAUUGAUCUGCCGCCAGAGCCAUUGCGUGUGAUGGAUUCAAAAUUUUCAGAACUAUUAGUAAAAUUAAGGCAGCAUUUUUCGUGUAUUCCCGAUUUCAGAAACACGCAGGGCCUUAAAAUUAGAAUAUCUUGUAGUUUGCGAUUUUUGUCAGGGCCUUUCAAUCAAAUAUGGGGAGUUGAUUUACCUGAUACUGGUUUAGAUGAAGCAGAUGCACUUCCAGCUUUAUAUGCAACUGUGCUCACAUUUUCAUCUUCAGCUCCAUAUGGUUCUAUUCCUCCUUAUCAUAUACCAUUUUUACUAGGUGAGCACUCCAGAAAUGAUGAUUCUUCAGCCCCAAGAGAGUCAUUAGAUAUUGUUCCUGUGGAAAAUGGUUCAGGGGAUGAAGAAUGCUUCAAGGCGCCUGUAGUGAUUGAAUUGAAACCUCGGGAACCAAUGCCUGGUCUUGUUAAUGUUGCCAUUGAGACAAAUGCAGGAAAUGGUAGUGUUAUCCGUGGGCUGCUUCAGAGUAUCACAAUAGGCAUUGAAGACAUGUUUCUGAAGGCUAUUGUCCCCUCUGACAUCCCAAAAGAUGCAGUAGCCGGUUAUUACUUUGACCUGUUUAAUGCUUUGUGGGAGGCAUGUGGGAAUUCCUCCAGCACUGGCAGGGAGACAUUUCCAUUGAGAGGAGGAAAAGGGGUUGCAGCAAUAAGCGGAACCCGAUCGGUCAAGUUGCUUGAAGUUCCUGCAACCUCCUUGAUUCAGGCCAUAGAGCGCCAUGUGGCACCAUUUGUUGUAAGCGUGAUUGGUGAAACCCUUGUUAGUAUUGUGAAGGACAGAGGGAUCAUCUCAGAUGUCAUUUGGAAGGACAUGGACUCAGAUUCUGCUGUUGAUGAUGCUGUAGCAUUCGCUGAUUCUAGUAGAGGACCACUUCAUCUCAAGUACAUUGAAGAAGAAGAUGAUGAUGAAAAAGAAUGUCAUGUCAGUUUCGGUAGGAAAAACAUGGGUUUUUUUCUUGUUUUGAUAUUUCUUCCGCCGAGGUUCCACCUUCUUUUUCAAAUGGAAGUACAUGAAAUUUGGACACUUGUUCGAAUUAGAACCGAUCACUGGCCAUGCCUUGCCUAUAUUGAUGAUUAUUUGGAAGCUUUGUUUCCGUCUUAGUAGGAAGUUUUGUUUGCCUGUUCUUUGAUGAUGCUGUAAAAUUUUGUUCAAGAGAUUCCUUUCCCAUACCUUUCACAGGGUGUUUUUCUUUUUUCUUUGAAUUUUUUGAGAGAAUACCCUGUAGUGUAAAUACCAUCACAGUGCGGGUCCCUCGUCAUGUAUUUCAUUCAUGUAUUAGAAAUCAAGAAAAAUGCAUUUUUGGGGCA